CUCAAAAUGAUGGCGGCCAAGAUGAUGGCCAAAAUGAUGACGACCAAAAUGAUGACGGCCAAAAUGAUGACGACCAAAAUGAUGAAGGCCAAAAUGAUGAUGGCAAAAAUGACGGCAAAAAGGGUGGCGGCAAAAAUGAUGACGGCAAAAAGGGUGGCGGCAAAAAUGAUGGUGGCAAAAGUGGUGUUGGCAAAAGUGGUGGUGGCAAACAUGGUCGUGGAGAAAAAUGCCCAAAUGGUAAUGGUAAUGAACGUAGAAAUAAACAUGGUUGUCGAUAG